UCGUUUCCUCCACAGCUUGUGAUUGGCCGCUUGUUGGUUACAUUGUAUCAAGCUCCAUGUUGCAAGUUGCGGGAGCGGGCUUGAGGUUGUGAGUGAUCAGUUCUCCGACCUCAUCUGCACCAUGGCUUCUCGCUUGCCUUUGCGAGUCUAUUUCGACCUGUUGUCCCAGCCCUCCAGGGCCGUCCUGAUCUUCCUCAAACGUACCGGAAUCCCGCAUGUGGAAAAACCCGUGGCCCUCCGGAAGGGUGAACAGAGGAGCCCAGAGUUCACUAAGCUCAAUCCAAAUCAGAAAGUGCCAAUUAUUGUGGACAAUGGGUUUGUUCUAACUGAGAGCGUUGCUAUUCUGAAAUACCUGGCAACAAAGUAUGACGUCCCUCAAUUCUGGUACCCUCUAGACUCAAUGAAAAGGGCAAAAGUGGAUGAGUUCAUGGCAUGGCAGCACACUAACGUGAGAUAUCACACAACUAAGGUCUUCAUCCUGGAGGGUUUGAUUCCUCGGAUGACAGGCCAGCCAACUGAUGAGACAAAGCUGAACAAAGCUCUGGAUAAAUUAAAUGGAACCUUGAACAUUUUAGAAUCAAUGUUUCUGAAGGACCAGGCCUUCCUUUGUGGUGACGAGAUUACAUUAGCUGAUCUAUUGGCCGUCUGUGAAUUAAUGCAGCCACUUGGAACAAAUCGUGACAUACUGAAAGAUCGUCCAAAAUUGAUCGCCUGGCGGAACAGAGUUCAGUCGGCACUAGGGAACACAUUUGAUGAUGUGCAUUCUUUCCUUUAUCAACUGAGAGAUAAAGCCAGGCUUUAAAAGCAACACCAGGUGGAACUUCAGAAAGACUGACUUAAGGGGACUAAAAUUAACCUUUCACAUCCCUUUAAAGCAUCAACUGAUUAAAAAAAACCAUACUAUUUCAUAAUUCCAGUAAUAUGAAUAAUCAUACAAUUUGAUUAAUUACAGCAAAUCACUAAGUUCAGGAGUCAAAUUAUACCAAGGCUAAGCCAUUCAUUCAAAACUACCUUGCACAAGGAAUGAUGUUGGAAGCAAUCUUAAUUUCUUAGAUAUAAUUGAUUACUGUUGCAAAACAGUGCCUCAAUAUAGAAGAUUUUAGUGUUUAAAAUAGAGUCCUAUGCAGUUUCCACCCCAUGCACCAAGCAGUGCUAGGGUAGCAAUUUCCAACUGGCAUCACUAAGUGGAUUAUGCCACUUCACCAUGGAUUUAGAAGGGCCAUGGUUUUGUCACCUCCAACAGGGCACCAGAAAGGUCUUUAGGAAGCACAAAAGAACUGCUUAAUCAUCAUCUUUUCUGUUUAGCUGAGGCAAGUGCCCAUGAAGCCUGAGUCAAAUAGACAAAAAUUCUAGUCUAGUGACAAAUUUUCUUAAUUCACAUCCCAUCAAUGCACCAUUGUGCUAGUCAAUUAGUAACAACAUAGAAACAUGCAUAGAUCUGGUACUUAUCUAUCACAAAGGGUUAAUUUCACAGCAACAAGCCUCAGAAAAUGACAAUAUCAUAACUCAUGCUUCCUCACACUCCUUAUUCUACCACAAAUUGCUACUAAGUGGACAAGAGAACACUAGUCAUUUUGGCUCUGUUCCAUACAAACGUCACAGUGAAUACCACAAUUCAUCACUGCAAGGAAGCACGCCACAUGUUAAAGAGUGACCCAGGACUACCAGAGUCUAAAAUUGCUGACAUAAUUCAUACAGGAUAAAAUGCUGAAUAUGGUAUUCUCAGUAACAACUUUUCAGUCGCUUCUGGCCAAAGGUCAAGAAUUCCUUUGCUCUAUCAUAGACGUCUUUCAAUUUUUUUGUUAAAAUAUUAAAAGCUGAACAACUUGUAAUAUGCCAGAAUCUUGUUGCUAUCAUGACUGGCCAGCCUUAUUAAUCAGCAAGAUUGAACCCAACUCAGGAGGUAAGAAGGACCAGCAGUGCCAAAUAACAGUGAUCAAGUACUCAUCUUAAGUAUUCUAAUCGAGGUUUGUAUUUUACAACUUUAAAACAUGCUCUCAUGGAGUCAAUUAACUCCGAUAAGGAAGAUGUGAAAUGGUUUAUCACAUGGCAUUAUUUGUUUCCUCUAGAAUAUAAUUUAACCAAAGUACUUGCAGCAAUUGAUUUAACACCAGGAAAUCAGUUUCUCUUAAAUAAUUUAUAAUAAAAUGUAUAAUUCUUGUAAAUCA